CGAUGUUCAAGCGGCUCUCGAAGUCCCGCCGGCACAGCGCGGACGACGUCGCGCUGUCGCUGGCCAGCAGCCCGGCGCAAGACGCGCCGGCGGGCCCGUCGGCGGCGCGCGACGGCUGCCAGGCGGUCGGCCCGGCCGCGCUGCUGCGCGUUUCGCGGACGAAGUACACCAGGCGCAGCUGUGGCGACGCGAGCGCGAUGCAGGCGCUGCUCGCGACGAAGCAGGAGCAGCAGCAGCAGCAGGACGACUACCAGAUGGUCACCGCCGUCCCCGCGUUCAUCGUCGAACACGAGCCGGAGAAGCAGCGAGGCUCGAGUUUCGGUGUCUGGGGCCGCAGGAUGAGCAAGAAGAUCGACUCCUUCCGGCGGGCUGGUUCCCGCGAGACGAUCUGCUCCAUCUCAGAGAAGUCCGACAACAGUGGCAACAACAACAGCACCACAGCCACCAACAACAACCACGUAGCUCCGAAAACAGAUCAACCAUCCGACUCCAAGCAAGAAAAGAGAAUACCUGGAACGUUCCACAGAUCACCAUCCCCGUUCAAGUCCUUCUUCAUCCGCAUGGGUUCCACGGGCAUGCUGAACUCAGCGAGAGGCAACAGGCGAUCCCAGAACAUCGACGACAGACUCAAGUCCUCCGACAAGGAGAACCUCUUCAGAAGCUGCAGCACGAGCCAGCUGAACACCAGUCCCACCUACGUGAAGGGCGAUGACCCAUCAGAAGGCAUCGACCUCCAGAUCUCCAGUCGCAAGGACAAGACUGUGUCCUGCGAUGACCUGGCUCAGAACAUUGCCUUUGACAUCAACGACACCACGUACCCCUUAGGCAGUCCAUCCGUCAGCAGCUUCAGCUCCUGCGACUUCGAGCAUUCGAACGAGUCACCCAUGAGAAAGAGCAGCAGCUGCGACUUCAAGGAGGCUAAGAAGUCCAGCUUCCCGUACGCCUUCUUGCGGUCGAAACUCUCCGUCUUGCCCGAGGAACGUCACAGCACGUUGUCAAAGGACGAACGAUUAUUUAAAACCGCGUCCGAGGAGCACUUCCCCACGCUGAAAAUAGAGGAUGCCUACAGCGGCACGACCACGCUGGGCAGGCGGCGCUCGAGGACAUCGAGCGUCGCCAGGGGGAACCCAAAGGAGCCCUCCACGUCGAAGACUGGCUCGUACGCGGAGUUCAGGAGUGCCAACCGCUGCGAGGACAGGUACAGUCUGAACCCGAGCCAGCUGGAGCGGAUCGAGGACAACCUCCAGCAGGAGGACAUCGGCUGCUACAGCUACGACAGCAGCCCCAUGUCCCUCAGAGGCAGCCAGCCCGAUGGCCAGGACAGGAUCGAGACCAGGUUCUCAGAGACGUCUUCUUUGAACGUAGACCUGGACAUGGUGCCCACGCUGAGGAACCAUAGGAGGAACUCAGCGCCUAGUGGAGAGCAGAGGUUGUCCUCUCAUUACGUUAGCUCCAACGAAUCUGGCUAUGACAGCGAUGGGCCUAGAGGCGAGUCAGCUGCGUCAGAGAACGAGGGAGUUAGUUUGAAGUGCACUGACAGCUCGGAUACCAGCAGCGUGGUGGACUCGGAGCUGGAGAAGCCUAUCAGGAGCUCGACGCCCAGUGAGUGUCAGGAGCAGGAGAGCCAGGAGUCUAGGGUUAGGGAAGGGAACGAGUUGACAGAUGGGAUCGACGGGUUCAGGUGGCACCAGAGCAACUCGGGCAGGAUGCUGCCGAGUAUUCAUCAGACGUACGAUGAUGCGGUGAAUGCACAGUUCCCUGUUUAUGGAAACGGGUUGAGCUUGCAGAGCUCGCCACCUAAGUCUCUUGAUAUCUCGCCACACCGGAUCAGACUGCAGCAGGAUAAGACCAGGUUUCUCAGUGAUAUCAUUCAGCCGCCGAAGAGGGUAAGGCGGUGUCGACUGGUGCAGCUGCAGAAGAGGGACCCGAAGGAGAGCUUGGGGAUACGACUGGCACAGCAGCGGCUGGGGGAGAUGCGGUAUAUUGUUGUGCAGCUGGAGAGCGAUGGGAUUGCGCAUAGAGACGGCAGACUGAGACUAGGCGACGAGAUAGUGGAGGUCGAGGGCAAGGAGCUGAGGACGCUGGAGAGCCUGGAGGAGGUGCAGGACUUCCUGAAGUCCUUCACCGGCAACAAGAUCCGCUUGAUCACCGCGUACGAGGAGACGGUGCCCCAGGUGUACGUCAGCCCGCCGACGCUGCCCGGGGAGUACGAGUACCUGGAGAACGCGAAGAACCUCUCGAACCUGUCGUUGAUCGACGGCCAAGCGAAGCAGGGUGCGCAGUCGGAGAAGUCCGGCGCGGCCGCCGAGGAGAACGUCCAGUCGACGAAGAGGCCGGAUUUUCUGCCGCUCUCCUGCCUGUCCAAGGAACGAAAGGGCGCGGAGAACGGCCUCGAGUCGACCGCGGAGCCGCAGCACUACCUGACCAGGCACGUCGCCAAGUUCGAGAAGGGCUACGGGAAGCCCAGCUUGGGCUUCAGUGUCGUGGGGGGCAGGGACAGUCCUCGGGGCGAAAUGGGCAUCUUCGUCAGGAGGGUCUUCCCCGGCGGCCAGGCUGACGUCUCCAAGUCGCUGUUUCAAGGUGACGAGAUAUUAAGUUUAAAUGGGAAGGUUCUGCGUGGUUACACACAUCAAGAGGUUAUCGAAUUGUUCAAAGCAGUUAGGGAGGGUCCUAUCGAACUGGAAGUCACGCGAAGACACAGGUAUCCAAAACCCACACAAAAAUCCGCGGCAUGCUGAAGGGUAGGCGAGACGAAUGAAACUGCCCACCGGAAGUGCUCUUUCAAUUUAAUUCUAAGCGACCUGCCGUUUCGCUCCGUACGAAGUUUUAGGAUUCUAGUCUAUCAGAACGAAUCUACGAUCUUUGAUGUUUGUUUCGAUUAAUUUAUUUAUCGCGGUGUCGCAGUUGCGUAGUAUUAAGUUUAUAUUAUAAAGUGGUUAUUAUUAAUAUUAUUAUUGAAAAUUAUUAUUAUUAAUAUUAUUAUUAUUGCUAUUAUUAUUAUUAUUACUAUUAUUAUAUGACUAUAAGAUUUUAUACAAAUACGUUAAAGCAACGUGAAUCCAUUGUAUGCGAUCAUUUUUUUAUUAUAGAGGACAAUAAAGAGGACGUACUUUUAAGGUGCUUUUGAGGUCUACUAAUACUACUACUACAUUGCAAAUGUAUCUUGCGGAAUGAACAACGACAUCGAAUUGAACAAUUAUUAAAUAAGAAUUUUAUUGCUACGAAACUUUACAAAUUUACAAUAUGUACAAGUCCCGGAUUUAUUUUUACAAAAGUGACAGAGGCUUCUUUUUACAAUCUUCUUGUACAAUGCUUCUCUUCACGUGUCGACGAGUAAGAGGUCUGUGCACGAUUUAGCCUUCGUUGCCCUGGAACGUAAGGUUAUAGGUUAUUUACGCUCUUUCCUGGGUCCUCUUCUCUUUAAUUAGUAUACGUUAAUGUUAACGAAUGAAUACGUUGUGAACAUUCCUCUACAAAAUAAGUGUUUUAAGUGAAAUUAGAUUUUUGAUUAUCGUUAGAUUUAAUCUAGUGUCGUGGAACUUUAAUAAAAUUGAUAGUCUAGCAAUGUCAUUAAACGGUAAAUUAUGCAUUCAAGUGAAAAUAUCAAUAUACGCUUUGAUAUGUAAUAGAGGAAAGUCAAGGUAAUACGAAUGAUUAAUAGCGACUUUAAAAACAUUCAUUCUAAUUGCACGCGUUGAGUGUUUUAGUGUGAGAACUGUAAUUCGUUAUUUCGAAAUCUUUUAACUGCGAAGCUACUAUAUCUUUAUGGGAAAUGCAUAUUUUGUAGAAGAUUAUUUAAAGGUUAGUAAAACUGAUGAACAUUGAUUUGUACAAAUCUUCUUAAUAUUGUUAUAGUAGGCGUAGAAUAACCAAGGCUGAAUAGGCGUUGACGGUAGUGAUUAUAUUGAAAUAUAGGUUUCAGUUUUUCGCAAAUUUUACUUAUUAAUUAUGUUUAAACACUAGCGUACUUACUGUAAUUCCUUAUUUUUCAUGCGUCUGCACAAAUGUAAGGCAACUGGUCCAGUUUUAAUGUUACGGAAAAGUUGAACAGCUUUUCUAUGGGUUAAGUCGUGACAGACAUGGCCAUUCACUGCUAAUAUCUCGUCGCCUGCACGCAAUCGGCCAUCUUCUGCGGCUUGACCACCUGGCAACACCGACUUUAUAAAGAUACCUGUAACAGAGGAUCAGUAAUAAAUUAUUAAUAGAUAAUCAAACUUUUACAGAAUAGAGUUAACGUAUGGACAAUAGACUGUCAACAGAUGCAUUUCACAUACAACUUAUAGAAUUGGAUUUAUUAUUGACUAUACAUUUAAAAUCUCGAAUUUUAACGUUACAUAAGUAUUCAAUAGACCGCAAAGAACUUUCACUAAUACAUAUUACCAAUUAAGAUAAGAACUUAAUAGACUUCCUUCCUUGCACAAUGAUAAAUACAAUCACGAAAUUUUCCAAAAACUGAAAAAUCCAAUUUUAUUCUCAUCACUGUUCAAAAAAGCAAGUUAGGCAUUCCAACACUGAAAUCAAUGUAAUUUUAUAAAACUAAAACACAUUACAAAAUACAUUAUUCUCUCAUAUCAAUAAACUUAUGGAACAAGACUUCCAAUGUUUGACUCAACAAAUUUCACCACGACUCAUUUUAAAAACUAACUGAGGAGAAUUCGGAAGUAUUAAAAAUUCCUCCAGUACUCAAUCAAGAAAUCAAAUCACAGUAACCAAUUCUAGAAUCGAAACUUGCUCAUCUACUGAUUUAUAAAAUUCACAUGACUGAAAGAAUGGUAUGACUAACAACGAGUUUCCUGUACUAGCGAGGAUGCAUAAAUGUCUGUUCAAAAAAUUGCUGGCAGCCAUUGAGGAGAUUGCACGAACUUCAUAUCAGAUUGCAACGGCGAUAUCGCACCGCGCCAAUUUAAAUAAAACCGUUCGAAACUCGCGGCUGCGUCUCGCGAUGUUCCUCGGUAUCUACGAAACACGGCAUCUUACACGGUGGCAUGGUUAUGUUUGCGGGCGCCGCGGCACCGUAACGAGCGCGUAAAACUCGAGACCGCUUGUAUACAUGCAGAAGCAAUUUAUCGACAACCCGUACAACGGUUGAGCAAGCGCGUAAAUGUUAUGGCAAGAAACCGCUGCCAUUUCUAAGCAGCACCCGGUGCUGCGUUCAAGAUGAUAUUUUUGCUUGUUUGCGAGCCGAUCUUCUGUAAACAGACGGCCCUAGGAGCGAGGAACGCGCGAGGAUAAGACGUUCUGCAGCGCGACGACAGGAUUAACACUCGAUAACGCGAAUUUACAACGAACAUCUGCAUAAUAUUCGCUGAUUUUUAUGGAACUCUGAUGGCUGCGAAGUAGCCAGGAGUAAAGUAUGGUAGAUAUUUUUUUUGACUUUGAAAUUUUUCUACUUGAAUCCUGAAAGUCUUUGAAAACGUUAUGCGGUUUGGGAAGGGUACGAAUGUGGGGCUACCUAAGUACUAAAUAAGCUUGAAAAUUUAGUAGAUCAGUAAGAGGACUAUUCUAAGAUCUAUUUAAUUUUGAAAUGUAGUAACUUUAUUAAUUUUAAUAAUUUUUUAAU